AUGCUCAAUGAUUUGAAGUUGAACCUCUAUGACAGGGAGAAGGAGUACUGGGUCACCCUACGUGAGCAUGGCAGCCGAAAGGAACAGAUUACUCACGAGGAGAUCCACCGCUCUCGUCAGGCCAUGAAGGAGGGCCCCAAGAUGCCGGACCAGUGCUUCAAGGGUCUGGACGAUAUGGCCUGCCGAAACGAUGCAGCCAAGCAAAAGGCUUUGGAAGACAAGCCCCAAGACGACAAGUUCGUUCGGGUGAAGAAAACGAAGGGCCUUGUCAAGGAGCUCAGAACCACGUACGACCCGAAGCAUGAGGACGUUGCGAAGCAAAGCACCCAAUGUUCUGAGUGGGCCAUCAGCACCUUGGAGAACGACAUCAAGGGCCUCGAAGAGCAAUACGACAAGGGCCAGGAGAUCAAUGUCAACGUCGGGCUGGAGGGCGGCUGGAGUGAAGAGUGGCUUGCCUGGGAUGCUGCCAGCUACCGAUCGGUGAUACGUACUGCAAGAGACGUGGUUGCGGACAUCGGUGAGGAGGCAGCGGCUUCAAGCGGAGGCCUUGCGGACUUAGCAAGGGUUCCCGAAAGUAAGUCUGAAAGAGAUGGUAUGCGAAUCGUCCAGACGAAAGCUGGCCUCAGUUUGCCUGUUCCGCUCACAUUGCUUGGCGAAGCGGAUCUUGCGUUCCCGAUUCUACGGCUGCGUGAUUGGGGGCAAUUUCUAGCUGACAAGCACUGCCUCCAUAUGCUGGUUGGACUAGCCAAGCCAGACUUUCAAAGAGAAACAGAUAUCUGUCAAGCGUUUUGGACGAAAUACAAACAACUACAGCCAGACCAUGAAAUUUAUCAGCGCUUUGAGGCGGGAUCACUGGAUCCCAAGUUUACUUUCCCUCUGGUUUUUCACGGAGACGAAGGCAGGGACAGACGACGCUUGCCCUUCUUGGUCUGCAACUAUCACAGCUUGCUAGGCAAAGGGACACAAGAACAGUGCGGCCAGCAUCGAGCCUACCUCAAGCUUCGGAUGAAUUUCAAGGACAAUUCCCUGGUCACAAGACUUCUUUACUGUGCAGUUCCGAAGAAACUGCAUCAGAAACCCCAGGUGUUCGACGCCCUCAUGGAGAGCGCCGUAGCAGAAGCUGAGUUCAUGGUCAACACUGGUGUGGUGCAAAGGUACACCGGGCGCAAAGUGUGGUUUGCUGUGAUUGGUGUCACUGGCGAUUGGCCCUGGCUUCACCGCUGCGGGAAUCUGUCCCGGAGCUUCAACAACGUUCCGAAGAAAACUGGUGAAAAGAUGACUGGGAUUUGUCAUAAAUGUGCCGCUGGCAGUGUGGGUGUACCGUGGGAAGUGGUUCACGAAAGGAACCCUGCUUGGCUACAGACUGUGUAUUCUGAAAGCGGUUUCGCUCGUGUGCCUGCGAUCGCCCGGCUGCUUUCUGUCCCUGGGCAAGAGGAAGGCCUCCUGGCCUUUGAUUUUUUCCAUGCCUUCCAUUUAGGCAUCGGAAAGAAUUUUGUGGGCAGUUGCCUGGCAUUGUUGAGUGAUCACUUCCCGGGAAGCAAUGUGGACAAACGUUUCGAGAACCUGGAGCUGAACUUUUUUACGUGGUGUCGUGCAACAAAGAAUACUCCUGUUCUUACGCGCCUGACCAAAGAGACGAUACAAUGGGGCUCCAGGCAGGACUACCCUUCGGGGUCUUGGUUCAAAGGCAGUGUUACCACUGUUUUUUGCCGAUACCUCGAGCAUGUGCUGACCUCUCAGAACUGGCAACACGAGCCGAUGCUGCAGAAGGCCGGAGAAGCCGCUAAAGCCAUCAAUUUUUGCGUGGCAUCGCUAUAUGCAUCAGACGUCUUCGUGUACCCGCCGCUACAUGCUGUUGACGUAGCGGAACAUGGAUUGCGAUUCUUACGACGGCUACAGUGGUUAGCCAAAGAAGGUAUCAAGCGCAACGACGCCCUUUGGCUCUUGACGCCAAAAUGCCAUGUGGUACACCACCUGCUUUUGGAAGAUAUGCUGUUGCCGGCCCUUAGGGGCCUCUCCCCAGUAAAUCCUCUCGCUUGGUCCGUUCAAAUGGACGAGGACCUAAUCGGUAAGGCGAGCCGAUUAAGUCGAAAGGUCGAUCCUCGUACAUGCUCGAGACGCUGCAUAGAGCGUUAUUUGUGUGCGGCCUAUGCUGAGUAUGUGAAACUGAAGUACAUCAUCGUACCGGUUUCAUGA